UUAAGGAUACAAGUUUUGAUGUUAUAAAAAAAAGAAGAGAAAAAUAUCAAUAUUAUAAAAACAAAUUCGAUAUUGCAUUAGCUUUGUAUGAUUGGGAAAUAAACAAUUCUAAUUUUAUAAAUAGUUUUAAUACCUUGGUAAUGCCAUUUUUGAAUGAAAUAGGUAAAUGUGAAGAAGCAUUACGA